AUGGCCGCAAUAACAAAACAGCCUGUCGGCUUUGGCAAUCAAAUGCCUUUAAAUGCUAUGGAAUAUUUGGCUUCUUUGGAUUUCAUAAAAAUCCGGCAGCAAGUGGACUUGGCUGAAGUGCUGACACCAUGGCAAGUAGCAAACCGGUAUGAAGUGCUCGAUGCCAACGACAGAGAGUUCAUGAGAGUAACUGAAGAGUCGGACAUCUGUGAACGACAAUGUUGCAUGCCGGUGCAGAGAGCACUCGUUCUCCACGUCACUGAUCUGAGUGGACAGGAGUUUGCCCAGGUCAAGAAAGACUUUAAGUGCUGGGCCGGAGGAAGUUGUUGCGCUAGUGCUGACUGUUGCGCUAUAGAAAUGUGGACGGAGAGUCCAGUUGGUCAAACUAUCUCACGUUCGCGGCAGAUGUACUACUGCUGUUACCCAAGGUUCCACGUGUUUGAUGGACAUGGUCAACAAAUGUUUGAAAUAACAGGACCGUGUUGCCCAUGCCAGGGACCCGGAUGUUAUGCCGAUCUGAAUUAUCCGUUGACCAAUCCAGGAGGAUCUGACGCUGGUGCCAAGGUGACGAAGAUCUGGGACGGAGCUGGUAGAGCAUGCUGUACCUUUGCGAAUACGUUUGGUGUUCACUUUCCUCCCGGAAUGGAUGUCCAAAGGAAACUCUCCAUUUUCGGAUCGGUAUUUGUACUUGAUUACUUGUUGUUUGAGAACAAUGAUGGAGGCGGAUAAGUUGAAAAUUCGACAAAGGUCAUAUGUAACAGCUGA